AAUCGGUCCCGCUUUUCGGUCAUAGCCUACUCGGAUGCAUUUCUCUCUCUCUCUCUCAGGCCGAAGAAGCCGACUGGGUUUAGGCUUAAACCCUAGACGGAGCACAGACCAUAACGAACUCUGAAGAGGCAACCGUCCGCAUCACCGGCUUCUCCGUCGCUCGCUUCUGAAGCUCCAUAUUAUUCAGCUGUUUUCUCCGCCGCAACAAUGGCGACCUCCCUUUCCUCACAGCUACAAACAAUCAAAUCUCUCAUACAAGCUGAUUCAGAGCCGCUCAGGAGACCAUUCACUCGCCCUUCUGUCCUCUUCAGCCCCAAAGAAGCUGCCGACCUCGACAUCGAUACCAUAUACAGCAUUGCCCUUUCGGGUCUGGACGUUCUUGUAAACGCCGAUGAACGGUUCAGAAACUACAAGAGUGAUUUGUUUAGCCACAAAAGUAAGGAAUUGGAUAGGGAGCUGAUGACGCCAGAGGAGAACGGCCGCAUCAAUACCUCAAUCAGUUCGUAUCUGCGGUUGCUCUCUGGCCAUUUCCAGCUCCUCUCUUCACUCAAGACGCUUGAGUACUUGUUACGGAGAUACAAGAUACAUGUGUACAACAUGGAAGAUUUGAUACUAUGUGCCUUGCCAUUCCACGACACCCAUGCAUUCGUUCGAAUCGUGCAGUUGGUUGAUUUCGGAAAUACUAAGUGGAGAUUCUUGGAGGGGGUUAAAGUCUCCGGUGCCCCACCACCCAGACAGGUUAUAGUUCAGCAAUGCAUAAGGGACUUGGGUGUUUUAGAGGCUAUAUGCAACUACGCCUCUCCAACUGGAAAGUUCCAGCCUUCAAGGCCUAUACUUAGCUUUUGCACUGCAGUUGCUGUCGAGGCUGUGGGUUCUUUUGCAACUGUUGAGAGUGAUGUUGUAAAGAGGAUUCUUCCUUUCGCAGUUUCUGGAAUUCAGCCUGGCAGAAAAAGAAAUCUAGAACAUAAAGCUAGUGCCCUGAUGAUUGUUGGUCUACUAGCAAGCAAAGCUGCUUUGUCUCCUAAAUUAGUGAAGACUUUGGUUCGUUCAUUAGCUGAAAGUGCCCGAGAAGACGCAGAAGCUUCAACUGAUGUGCAGUGGGUUCGGCUGAUGCUAAUGGCUUUGAUUAAUGUCGUUCAGUCACAAUCCCUUGAUGUGUUUCCCAUGAAGGCUUUGGAGAGCUUGAAGGAAAUUAGAGAUAUUACUGGGAUUCUACUUGGACUCUCUAAGGAGUUCAAUAUUGAUAAAUUUCUGGCUUUGCUUUUGGGAACUCUGGUUGAGCACAGUUCUUCAGAUAACACAUGCUACCUUUUCUUGAUAUCCAUGAUUGAGUCAAUUCCUAUUGGAGAUUUUGUUGAUCGUGUUGUUUUCAAGAUCAUGCUUUCCUAUACAAAGCUAUCGCCCAAAAAGGGCAAUUUGCGUUCAUCAGAAUUAGGAGGCUGCGGCAAAAAUAUUAUGAUUGCUCUCAUGAAAAAUUAUCCUUCAGAGGUGCGAGUGGCUGUCGGGAGAUUCAUGGAGGUAUAUUUGAAUUCAGGAAGGCGUUCUGGACAAGGGGAGAUGGGACUUGAAACUUUGUCUAAGGCGUUGGAUGGAAAUUCUGAUUCCCCAUUGCCUAUGAUAGAUUCAAAAAUUUUGUUUUCCUUACACCAUCCUAAGGCGGAGGUCAGAUGUGCUGCACUGGUUGAGUUAAAGACUUCUAGCAUCCUUAAAUCUAAGCCUGGUGUUCCACAGAGGUUGGAAGCUAUUCAAGAUGCCUUAUUAAGCCAGCUGCAUGAUGAUGAUUUAACUGUAGUCCAAGCAGCUCUGUCGCUGAUUGAUACAUUGGAUGCAAUGGAUGGUGCCAAUAUUCUUCAAACGCUGCAUAGUGUGCUGCAGAGAUGCGUUAGAAUUUUUUUAUCUGGUUCAGACAACACUGCUGUGGCUGGUGAUAUAAUUGUCUUGUGCUUUGAGCAUAUGGUUGCAAGAUUAAAUGAUUCACCUGAUUCAUCAAAUGAAUUUGCCACAAUGAUUUUUCCCUUGCUCCUUAUAAUUCCAAAGACAAGGAAAUACAAUUUCAAGGCUUUGGAAUUUGCGAAGAAACUGAAUUGGGCAUUUUAUCAGAAUCUGCCUGAUUCCUGCAGCUCAGAGAAGAAAUUGGAACCUGGAAGCAUUUCGAAGAUGAACCAGAAAAUUGUGGACAGUAUGGCAGUUACAUUUUUUAUGCAUCCUCAAGAGUCUCUGCCUUGGCUUGUCAAGAGCAGUGGUGAUUUCAUGUUGUCAAGGACACUAUUCUUUUUGGUUCUCAUGCAAUCAUUUGCAAUCAGUAAGAGAGAGAACAAGUUUUUUGAACUUUUCGAAACCUGCUUUCCUGUUCUGAAGACUCAGUGGGAGCUUUUGAGUUCCUCUUGUGUCAUGCAUAUUGGAGAGCAGUUGAAGACAAAAACGUCGGAAGGAAGUUGCACUGGAUUCCUGGAUCAGCUUUCUGAUGCAAAUGUCAAGGAGUUAAAUCCAAAAAUCCUAAUUGGCAUAUUUUGGGAGUUGCUAGAGGCGUUCAUUUCAGUUGCUCCAAUGGAGUUCCUUUCGACUGAAGAUCAGUGGUUUGGGAAACUCCAGGAGUUUUUUGCUUUUCUUGCAGGAGCUAGUACAAACCAUGCUUUUAGAGAACAUCUUCAUUACCUUGUUACGAAUUGCAAGAGUUCUCCUAGUCUUCUGUCUGGAUUUUUCACAGCAGGUGUUACAAUCCCCAUCCAAGUUGAGAGUCUCCAUUGCUAUGCAUUUCUUUGUGCUCAGUCCGAGGAUAGCUUCUCACUCCAGCUUCUUGCUGAAGCUCCCUCAGUUCUUGUCCCGCUCGCCAGUGAAAACCAGGAAGUAAGAAGUGCUGCCAUGAACUGCUUGGAAGGGCUACACGCGUUGUGUUCUCGAAUUGACUUCUCUAGCAAGAAAAAUGGCAAUUUUGCAAUUUGGAGUCAUUUUCUUGAGGAACUAUUGAGCGUGAUAGUUCAGCAGAAGAGGCUUAUAGUAUCAGAUAGGGGGUUCCUUUCUUCAUUGUUGACAUCGUUGAUUAGCCAUCCAGGCCACCACAACAGCCUAUUGGUGCCAAGAAAUACAGAACAACGGUUUAACGAAUCCAUCAAGGAAAAAAUUCUCGGUUUCAUUUUGGGUUCUGCUUUAAAGUUUUCUCCAUAUGGGAAGUUAGUGAUAUUUUCCUUGCUCAAAGGUAUAGGAAAUGCACUUGUACGUGUUAAAGAUGUUGAGCAGUUACUGUCGGACCUAAUGAAAAGAUGUGGCAAAUAUUUCUCUGGGAUGGACAAGUCAUUCCAGAAAUUGUCAAAGUACGAAGUUGAUAUCUUAUGCCUACUGCUGGAGAGUUGUGCUACGCCCUCUAUAGAUGGGAGAUGCAUUUUUGAGGAUCAUUUACUGAAGGCUUUGCAAUUACCAAGGUGUUCUGUCGAGGAUCCUGCUUUAAUCUUGCCAUGCAUAGCUGUUCUGAACAAGCUCAAUAAUCAGAUCUAUUCUGAGAUGAGAACUGAAAUGCAGGAGCUUCUCCUCCGUGAACUUGUAUUUUUGGUCGGGAACGUGAAUGGAGAUGUCCAAUAUGCUACAAAAGAGGCAUUGCUGCGUCUAGAGCAGGUACCAAGUUCCAUUGUGGCGAAGAUGCUCAGUCAACCAUCUGAACUAGAUGUUCAUGCUGCACCUCAGGAAAGAAGAAAGAAAAAGAAGUCAACAUUAAAAAAGCAGCAAGAUUCAUCAAACAGACAAAACACACUAUCUUUUCUGGGCUCGCUUCUUGAUAUUUUGUUAAUGAAAAAAAAUAUUUCAAACAGGGAAAGCCUUAUUGGUCCCUUGUUCAAGCUCAUCAAAGAAUUCUUCUCUGCUGAUUGGUUACAUGGUUCAAUAGCUUCGGACGAGAGAUCAAUUCAAUCUUCCUCUGACACUUCUGAGACCACAACCAGUAAACUUUAUUACAUCCUGCAGAUGAUGAUGUUGGUCCUAGAAGAUAUAGUUUUAUUUUUGGGUAAUGCUAGUCAAUCUAAGGAUGAGAUAUUCAAUGAGAUCGAUAUCAGUUUGUUGCUCUCUUGUGCCCGUUCUGAUCAAGCUGGAAUUGUCCAUGGCCAUAUACUCUCACUUCUAUCCACUAUUGCAAAAGUUGUUCCUGAAAAAUUUUUGAACCACAUGUCAGAAGUCCUGACAGUCCUCGGAGAAUCAGCUGUAACAGAGAUUGACAGCCAAUCUCAACGUGUAUUUGAGAGUGUUAUAUCUUCAAUCGUACCAUUUUGGCUAUCUAAGGCAAACAAUAUGGAGCAAGUACUUAAGAUUUUUGUAAAUAUAUUGCCUGAAGUUUCUGCACAAAGGAGGCUCUCAAUUAUCAUAUAUCUCUUAAGGAUCCUUGGAGAACAAGGCAGUUUGGCUUCUUUGCUCUCCCUCCUUUUCCAAUCGUUGAUAACUAGGAAAGAUCCAUCCCAAUCUGGUAAUAGUACGGUAAAUUCCCCAGAGUUCAUGUCGGUAAUAGAGAAGGAAUGGGAAUAUGGGUUUGCUGUACAAAUAUGUGAGCAUUAUUCAAGUAUUGUAUGGCUCCCUGCUCUUGCUGUGCUACUUAAACACGUAGGUGGUGGAAGUUUGUCGAGGGAGCUCUUUAUAGAAUUGCUGCUUGCAAUGCAUUUCAUUUCACAAAAAUUGCAAGAUCCCGAAUUGUCCAUGGUUCUUGAUUCUGGGGAAAAUUCAGAUAAUAUUCAGGGGACCUUUGGAGAAAUUUUGGAGCAGAUUGUUUCUCUUUUGCAUCUUGUUGAUGUAAAUAAGAAGCAAAUAGCCGUUCCUUCUCCUGUUAGGAAAGACUUGAAGGAAAUCAUGCGUUCUGUCCUCAUGAAUAUUACAAAAUCCAUGACUCCCUCAUCAUACUUCAGUGCGAUGAUUAAAUUGUUUGGUUCUAAGGAUCAAGAUGUGAGGGAGAAGGCUCUUGGCCUAUUGUCCAAAGCCAUGAAGGUUCAAGACAGAGAAAAAUUGAAGCACAAAGGUGGAAGAGAACUCGACAUUAGGAGAAGCAGAAAAUGGGUUCAACUUGAUGGAAGUGCUCUUGAGGCUUUCCACCGGAUGUGCUCGGACAUUGUUCAUUUGAUUGAUGCGUCAGGGGACAAUUCAAACAUUUCUUUGAAGCUGGCUGCAAUUUCAGCAGUUGAGGUUUUAGCUUACAAGUUUCCCACUGAUUAUUCUAUUUUCAGCAGUUGUCUUGCUUCUAUCACUAUGAACAUUGGCUCGGAGAGCAUGGAACUCUCUUCGAGCUGCCUCCGUGCAGCUGGUGCUCUAAUAAAUGUGCUUGGACAGAAAGCUCUGACUCAUCUUCCUCCCUUGAUGGAGAAUUUGAUAAAGAUCUCGCUAAACAGUUCCUCUGGUAUCAGUGGGAAAAAUAACAAUUCCUCUGCAUCAUGUACUUCUAGAGAUAUCUUGCUUUCAGUUCUCGUCAGUUUGGAAGCAGUUGUAGACAAGCUUGGGAGCUUUUUAAACCCCUAUCUGGAAAAAAUUGGGGAACUGUUGGUGCUUCAUCCGGAGUUGGCAUCAGGAUCAGAUGUAAAGCUGAAGACAAAAGCCGAUGCUGUGCGAAAUCUCAUUGCUGAGAGAAUACCUGUCCGACUGGCCUUGCCACCUUUGAUGAAGCUGUACUCCAACGCUGUCCGUUCUGGUGAUUCGAGUUUAGAAAUUACUUUCAAAAUGCUUGGGAAAAUAAUAAGUUCGAUGGACAGAUCUUCUGUUGGGGCUUACCAUGCGAGGAUAUUUGAUCUCUGUUUGAAAGCCCUAGAUCUUCGGCGUCAACGCCAUCCUUCUAUCAGGAAAAUUCAUGUUAUCGAGUAUAGUGUGAUCACCUCUAUGAUUUCUUUGACAAUGAAACUUACUGAAACAAUGUUCAAGCCGCUCUUCAUCAGGACUAUUGAGUGGGCAGAGUCAGAGGUUGAUGAUUCUCCGCGUGUUGAGAGCAGUAGUAAUACGGAUAGGGCCAUAUCCUUUUAUGGGUUGGUGAACAAACUUGCAGAAAAUCAUCGGUCCUUGUUCGUCCCAUACUUUAGGUACUUGCUCGACGGCAGCAUACGCCAUCUCUCUGAGUCUGAGGAAGCACCCUCUUCAAGUUUGACCCAAAAGAAAAAGAAAGCACGUGUUUUGGAAUCUCAGGGCAGGACAAACAGUGCUCUCUCUCAUGAGACGUGGCAUCUUAGGGCAUUAGUUGUCUCAGCCUUGCACAAGUGCUUCCUCUAUGACACUGGAUCGUUGAAGUUCCUCGACUCCUCGAACUUUCAGGUUCUGCUCAAACCCAUUGUUUCCCAGCUUGUCAUUGAACCACCGGCAUAUUUGGAAGAAUGCCCCGAUAUACCAUCUGUUCAAGAAGUUGAUGAUACCCUAGUUAUUUGCAUUGGUCAAAUGGCUGUUACUGCUGGGUCUGACCUUUUGUGGAAGCCAUUGAAUCACGAGGUACUGAUGCAGACGCGAAGUGAGAAGGUCCGAGCCCGCAUUUUGGGGCUAAGGAUCGUGAAGUACCUUGUUGAGAAUUUGAAAGAGGAGUAUCUCGUCUUCCUGGCGGAGACCAUUCCAUUCCUCGGGGAGUUGCUCGAAGAUGUAGAGCUAUCGGUCAAAACUCUGGCGCAAGAUAUUUUGAAAGAAAUGGAAUCCCUGAGUGGUGAGAGCCUUAGGCAAUAUCUUUGAUACUAUCAUGUCCUUGCUGACGGACUUUAGAUAAUGCUAUAUAUAUAUAUUAGUUACAAAAAGCUGGGGGAAUCAAUGUGCCAAGAAGAAACAAUUUUGUAGCAUUAGUGUAAAUUAUAGGGUGGGUUGAUAGAUCCUAUAUGGAAUAUUUUUCAAGUCGAGGUAUGGUGAAAUUGGGAAUGUUUUUUAAUGAAAAUAUCUCAAGUUGAAAAUGAUUAUUCAAAGUAGGGAAUGGAACCUCUGCUGUUGAUUCA